AUGACCCAACCCCAACUCCAAAGGCCAAAGCCCAUCAUCGUGUUCCUCUCGUCGAGACGAAGCCGUAGACACCAACCACGCCUCAAACGGAGCCCGGAAGAAGCCGCACGCGCCUCCCGAAGAUUCGCCUCGGCGCGCGUGAAACACACGCGCCUCCGCCGUCCGCCGGAGCCACCGCGAAUUCCGGCCACUCGCCGCCGUCUCCGACCAACGUUCGCCGGAGCCGCCGUGACCGACCACCGUCCGUUCGCCGCCGAGAAGCUGCCGCCGCGUCGUCGCCUCGCCGCCUCGCCGCCGUCGCCGCCGUUGAUUUUUCCGGUUAGCCGCCGCGUCGCCGCCGCGUCGCCGCCGGUGACCGACACCGGUGACUCGCCGGUGACUCGCCAACUCGACCGAGUCAACCCGAUGCCGCCAAGGAGAAGAACCACCCGUGCCCAGACCGCCAGAGCCGUUAGAGACAAUGUAGAUGAGCAUGAGCAGCCCGCAGUUCCACCACCCGCGGCUCCACCAGUUGAUCAGGAUGCAUUGAGACAGAUGGUUCAGGAUGCCGCUAGACAGGCCGCUCAGGAAGCACUUCAGCAGAUUGCCCAGGAGGCAGCCAGACAGGCCGCUCAGGAGGCCGCCCGAGUAGCUGCUCAGGAGGUUGCUCGUCAGAUGGCUGCCGUUCAGCAGGGACCGCAGAUUCAGGUUCAGCAAGUUCCACUGGUUCAGGUCCAACAGGAUCAGCAGAUUCCAGCUCAGCAUGAUCAUCAGGAUCCCGUUCAGCAGGUUCCCCUUCCACAGGUUCCUCUGCAGCAGGGUCCAGUUCAGCAGUUUGCUCAUGGUGUUCAGGAUCUACCGCCACCACCACCGCGACCUCAUGUUUACCCGGUUUAUAAUGAGAGGUUCUACAGGCUGACAUGUCAGAUGAGAAACAUGGAGAUGGAGCAUUUUAGCGGGACAGUGGAUGCUGUAGCUGCACACGAUUGGAAGUUAGCCUUGCAGCGGAAGCUGGAGAUUAUUGAGUGUCCACCAGAGUUGUCGCUCAGAUUGACUAUGCAGUACCUUCGUGGAGAUGCUCUUAUAUGGUGGGAGGGAAUACGAUUGAGCCAUUUUGGGCCAGAGAGACUUACCUUCGCUGAUUUCAUUCGAGAGUUCGAUAGGAAAUACUUUCCGAAGGAAGCGAUGGAUAGGAAGAAGUGCGAGUUCGAGCAUGUAAGCCAGGGAGUGAUGUCUAUCAGGGAGUAUGAGGUUGUGUUCAACCAACUUCGCAGAUUUGCAGGAGUGGGCAUUUCAGAAGAAGACUUGAUUAGAAAGUUUUGA